UUCGAGUUGGUGUCCGAUCGCCGGGACCCUCGCAUGGGGAAGGGAACAGGGAACAUUUAACGAAAAUCCUCCAACGGGAAGAGAAAGAUAUUGAUGAGGAUGGUUAAUGUGAGCAGGAUGGCGAGGUAUUUGUUAAGGACGAGACCGAUUUUCAGCCUGAGUCAGCGAUGCAUAUUCAGCAAGACUGGGGUUUGGCCUCUAUGGACCAAGAAUUGACCAUAGAAGUAAAGAGAGAAGCAGAAUCCUACUGGAAAAAUCUUUAUGCAAGCAGGAACCAAGUACAGGAUUCAGAGAGAAGUGGAGUGGGGAAGCAGAAGGGCAAAAAGUAUGUUCUGGCCAUGUUCCCUUAUCCCUCUGGCAAGCUCCACAUGGGCCACGUCAGGGUGUACACCAUCAGCGACGCGAUGGCCAGGUUUUAUCAGUUGCAGGGUUAUGAGGUCCUGCACCCUAUGGGCUGGGACGCCUUUGGCCUUCCAGCUGAAAACGCAGCCAUCGAACGCAACGAAAUGCCCGAGAAGUGGACCUACAGCAACAUACCCCAAAUGAAGGAACAGCUCCUUGACCUUGGCUGCAAAUUUAACUGGGAGCGCGAACUGGCCACCUGCGACCCAGAGUACUACCGGUGGACGCAGCACAUCUUCCUCCUCUUGUUCCGAGAAGGGCUGGCGUAUCAGGAGGAGGCCCUAGUCAACUGGGAUCCGAUAGACCAGACAGUGCUAGCAGAUGAACAGGUCGACAGCAAUGGUUGCUCGUGGAGAUCUGGGGCCAAGGUCGAGAGGCGUUUUCUCAAGCAGUGGUUCAUUAAAACAACCAGGUUUGCCAAGUCACUUCUAGACGGCCUCUCAGAUCCUGUGCUUGAGGACUGGCGUGACAUCAUCAAGGUACAAAAACACUGGAUUGGAGAUUGCAAUGGCUACAGGAUUGAGAUGGAGGUUGUGCACAGUGACAGCAGCAAUGAUGAUGGAAAGGUGGAGGCAGGUGGCAGCUCCUCGGCCACAAAAUUAGACUUGUGGAUGCCUGAGCCAGAACUUCUGCAUGGGGUGAGUUUCAUAGGAUUGAGGCCAGGGCACAAGCUUGACACGGAGGCCAACAGAAAGGAGGAAAUCAACAAGAUUCGGGUGCUGAGAGUGAGGGCCAUUUGUCCCAUCAGUGGAAGGAAAAUCCCGGUCAUAGUUAGCAGUCGGUUGCCAUUUCAAGGUGAUGCAGAGUGCUCUGUGGGUUUGCCGUUUAAGAGUGAGAAGGACCAAGCCAUUGCCAGGACUUGUGGAUUUGAAAUUGUAAAUGUAAAGGAAAAUGAUUUAAUGGUUCAUUCAGGUCUUCUUGAUGGCCAUACUCCUAAUGAAGCAAGGCAGAUGAUAACAGACGAGCUCUUAAGACUAGGGGCUGGAGGGUUUGAAACAAGUGCUAAAUUACGAGACUGGCUGAUAUCGAGGCAGCGUUAUUGGGGCACUCCCAUCCCUAUAAUCCACUGUCCAAAUUGUGGGGUUGUUCCAGUCCCAGAGGAGCAGCUGCCAGUUGUCCUGCCAAAGAUCACAAAGUUCCCAAAGAAGGGCAUAUCUCCACUCAAGGAAGCAGCGGAGUGGAUUCACUGCAGCUGUCCCAAAUGUGGAGGAGCUGCAGAAAGAGAGACAGAUACAAUGGACACAUUUGUUGACUCCUCGUGGUACUUCUUGAGGUUCCUGGAUCCUCACAAUACAGAGAAACCCUUUAGUCACGAUGCCCAAAAAGAUAAUAUGCCUGUUGAUUUGUAUGUUGGUGGGAAGGAACAUGCUGUGUUGCACAUGUUCUACGCACGUUUCAUACAGCACUUCUUAGCAAGCCUGGGAUUGGCAAGCCACAAAGAACCAUUCAAAAGACUUGUCACUCAGGGCAUGGUCAUGGGCGAGACUUAUAGGGUAAAGGACUCGGGCAAAUACCUCACCAAGGACGAAGUGGAUUUCUCAGUCAAGCCUCCUGUGGAACGUGGAACAGGAAGUGAACUUGUUGUGACAUACGAGAAGAUGAGCAAAAGCAAGCACAACGGCAUUGACCCAAAGAAUGUGUUGGAAGAAUAUGGCACUGACACCACAAGGCUGUUGAUGUUGGCAAACUUUGCUCCUUCAUCUCAGAGGAACUGGUCCAAAGAUACAUUCCCGGGUAUUCUGAACUGGCAGAACCGCCUUUGGCUCACAGUCUCAGAAUUCAUCCACAUGCGGCAGGAUAAGGAGCUUCAGGCUGGCAUUCCUUUGAGCAUGGAGGAGACCCAAGAGCACAAGGACUUCCUUUUCGAAAAUCGGAACUUUUACCUGAGAGGAGCGACGUACAAUUUCUUAUAUACGAACCAGCUGAGUGUGGCCAUCUCUUAUAUGCAGGGACUCACUGUAAGCCUGAGGAAAAUACCAAAGGAAAUGAUGCUGACUGAGGAAUUUGAAAAAUCUUUAGCUGCACAGAUUAUAAUGCUGUCCCCUAUAACUCCUCACUUAGCUAGUGAAUUGUGGGCAGGUUUCUGCAGUGUUGCAACCUCACCAUGCACAAAGAAGAAUGUACCUUUAUUGGAGCAACAGUGGCCGGAGGUCGACUCGGAAUUCGGACUGCCUCUCUUCUGCAGGAUUCCAGGCAACGACCCGUGCAUCAUCAAAGUGCCCCGCAGCAUCAUGGACAGCAUGACUGCCGAUACAGCCACGACCCACGCCCUGGCCGACGAGGAUGUCCAGAAGUGCAUGUCGGGGAAGGCGCUGAUCAGGACGCACCUCCAGAUCCAGCCGGGGAUUGGGGGAAACCUAUCCUUCGUGACCAAGGAAUUGGACCCGGCAAGCAGCAAGGAGGAGAGGAAGAGGCUGAAGGAAGAGAAGAAGAGGUUGAAGAGAGAGAGGAAGAGCAAGAAGAGUAAUGCGCAGAGUUUGUAGAGUUCCAUAACUUAUGUGUGAUGUCCUCUUUUUUUUACAUUAUUUUUUUUUUUAAAUAUUAAUAGGAUUGGUAUUUUGUUUUACUUUUUCUUUCAAAUUUGGGGUACUUGAUGAGGGGACUUUCAAAGCCUAUGCAUCAAAGUCCAUACUCUGUUUUUUUGUCUGUCAUGCUCAAAUACUGAUUUUGUUACAAGAGUAUAGAGUGAGAUAUGUAUAUAUACUGUAGUUAUUCAAUGUACAGAAUUGUUCAGUUUCACAGAAUUUACUAAACUCCCACUGUAUAAGAAUGUAGAGAAAAUGUACAAAUGGUUGAAAGUAUUUAUAAAAUCAUAGUUGAGUUUCUUUUGUCUGUAAAUAAGUAAUCUGUAUUUAUUAUUGUUAUUUAUGUACAUUAAGACACAUAAUAAAGUUGAUAUUGUUAUUUA